UCAGCAGACUUCUGCCACCACAAAAUCUCACUUCACCUAUUUCGGUCCUACGCGAAUCCGCCGCGACCAUGUCGGGUUUGACAAAGACUUCAAGGAUGGACGAGGUACCCCCGCCGGAGGCUGACAUCGACGUCAGCACAGGACGUGUCUCGCCCAAGACGAAGCCGUUCAAGCUUUGGAGCACGCUGGGGAUCGCCUACUCGAUAACUUCCACACCAUUAGCCAUCGGCACGUACCUUGCUGUUUCGAUCGGGGUCGGUGGGAGCCCCGUCAGCAUCUUUGGCUAUAUUAUGGUUGUCAUCCUGGACAUGUGUAUCUGUGUCUCGCUGGCGGAGAUGGCUGCCAUUAUGCCCCACUCUGCGGGUCAGAUUUUCUGGACUGCGACGUUGGCACCUAAACGCCGAGCACGAGCAUUGAGCUACAUUGUGGGAUGGCUCACCAGCGCCGGCUACUUUUGUUGGACAGCGGCAUGCUUCCUUAUCACGUCGCAACUCAUUUUUGCGUUGGUCGAGAUAUGCCGGACCACUUUCAUCGUUCAACCCUGGCAUUACUACCUGGGCUACUGUGGCACAGGGCUGUUCGCCGUUGUGGUCAACAUCCCUCUGUUCAAGUGGUAUCCCUACAUCCUCAACGGUCUUGUUGUUUACAUCAAUGCCGCAUCGCUAUUUGUUAUGGUUGCGCUCCUGGUCCGCGCAUAUCCCAAGCAAAGCGCCGACUUUGUCUUCGUCGAUUUCGUCAACAGUACGGGCUGGAAUUCGAAAGGGGUUGUGUUCUUCCUCGGGUUACUCCCUGGUCUCACAGCGGUGAACGGCUUCGACUGCGCGGCUCACAUGGCUGAGGAGAUGCCCAAUCCUCGUCGUCAGGUUCCGCAAGUCAUGGUGCUGAGCGCACUCCUCAGCGCGGUUAGCGGCCUUGUGAUGCUACUGGUCUAUAUGUUUUGCAUCACCAACCCCGUCAACCUCCUCGCCCCAGUCGGCGGCCAGCCUAUCGCUCAACUCAUGGUCGACUCCUUCAAUGAUUUGCCUCUGACGAUAGUCGGGGUACUUGUUUUCAUAAUCUGCUUCCUCUUCGCCUCUUCCACAUUGUUGACUACGUUCUCACGCGUGCUCUGGUCCUUCUCACGCGAUGACGGCAUGCCUUUCUCCGGUACCAUGGGCAAGAUGUCCACCGGAUCCUCGAUUCCUGUCCAUGCAGUCCUCCUCGGGUUCCUGGUGUGCAUACUUAUUGGCCUUCUCGAAUUGGGCUCCUCAACCGCUCUGAACGCCAUUCUCGGUGCCGGCAUCCUCUUCAUAUUCGCAUCUUACGCCAUCCCGAUCACCUGUGCAUUGCUGCAGCACCGAAAAGACUUUGCCGCGACACAUUACUUUGACCUCGGCAAGAUUGUUGGGCGUGCUCUGAAUGUGAUCAGUGUGGUCUGGAUCUGUUUCAUCUUUGUCUGGCUCUGCUUUCCACUUUAUGUUCCGGUCACGGGCGUCACAAUGAAUUAUGCCAUUGUUGUCUUCGCCAUAGUCGCAAUGUUGAGCACUAUCAAUUGGUUUGCGUGGUCCAAUAAGCGUUUCAGAUAUCCAGAGGCAAUGGUGCAGACUUCGCAUGGAGAGAUCUCAGCCUGA